GCCACUCUCCGAGCUCCCUACUAAUGGCCGCCAGAUCUCGCCAUCACCAUCGCCGGCGACCUCACCGCCGCCGGGGAUGAAGCGCCGCCGCCUCCCACCCGUCCUCUUCCUGCCCCUCCUCCUCCUCCUCACCCUCCUCUCCUUCUCCUUCCGCCGCCGCCUCCUCGUGCCGCAGGCCCCGUCUCCGUCCCGCCCUCCUGUCGGUGACCCUCUCCUCCGCCGCCUCGCUGCCGACGACGGCGUCGGAUCCAGGCAGAUCGUCGCGGAGGCGGCGGCUCUGUUCGCCAAUGCCUCGGUGUCGACCUUCCCCAGCCUCGGCAACCACCACCGGCUGCUCUACCUCCGCCUGCCCUACAGCUCCUCCCCGCGCGCCCCGCCGCGGCCGAGGACGGUCGCCCGCCUGCGGGUCCCCGUGGAGGUGCUCCCCUCCGACGGGGAGCUGCUCGCCUCGUUCCGCGCGUCGCUCGGGUCCUUCCUCGUCGCCCACCGCCACCGCGGGAGGAAUGUGGGCGGCGUGAUGGCCGACCUCGCCGGCGUCCUCGGCCGCCGCUUCCGGACCUGCGCGGUCGUCGGCAACAGCGGCGUGCUGCUCGGCUCCGGCCGCGGCCCGCAGAUCGACGCGCACGACCUCGUCGUCCGCCUCAACAACGCGCGCGUCGCGGGGUUCGCCGCCGACGUCGGCGUCAAGACCUCCCUCUCGUUCGUCAACUCCAACAUCCUCCACAUCUGCGCCGCCCGCAACGCCAUCACCCGCGCCGCCUGCGGCUGCCACCCGUACGGCGCCGCGGUGCCGAUGGCGAUGUACAUUUGCCAGCCCGCCCACCUCCUCGACGCCCUCAUCUGCAACGCCACCGCCACGCCGGACUCCCCCUUCCCGCUCCUCCUCACCGACGCGCGCCUCGACGCGCUCUGCGCGCGCAUCUCCAAGUACUACUCCCUCAGGCGCUUCGUCACCACCACCGGCGAGCCGCCGACCAACUGGACCCGGAAGCACGACGAGAGGUACUUCCACUACUCGUCGGGGAUGCAGGCGGUGGUGAUGGCGCUGGGCGUGUGCGACCAGGUCAGCCUCUUCGGGUUCGGCAAGUCCCCCGGCGCCAAGCACCAUUACCACACCAACCAGAAGAAGGAGCUGGACCUGCACGACUACGAGGCGGAGUACGACUUCUACGGCGACCUCCAGGCGCGGCCGGAGGAGGUGCCCUUCCUCGACGAGGCCCAAGGAUUCACGCCGCCGCCGGUGAGGUUGCACCGGUGACAACCAACAUGUACAAUAUAUGUAUGUCUAGUUGCUGCUGCUGCUGCUGCUACUGAAAUUUGUUGUAAAAUUGAAACCGAAUUCAGAUUCGAUACGAAGUAUAUCUGUAGAUCACCCACCCUAGAAUUGUAAAUCACGGGGAACGAAACGAGGGAUACAGACAGAAACAAAGAUGUCUCAGGUUUGGAGAAAUUUUGUAAUGACAAAUGUGGCUCAAUUUUUGUGGUGAA